AUGAGAAGCAAUUGCUUCCGGGCCCCAACUCUCCUACUCCACUCACCCUCAAGAGCAGAGGAGCAAACAGAAAGAAGAAGUUCAGACACUUGCUGGGCUCCCCCCAGGAAGGGGUGUUGGGUAGGUACAUUGCUCACCACUUCCCGGGUAUGAUCCCCCUCCCAAGGAUAAUUCUACAAGCAAAGAAGUCUAUUACUCGUGGGCUCCAAACACCUGUGAGCUGUUUUGCUUCAAACAUAAGUCUCUCUAAAGAAAAGACAACAACUCCCUUUUUCUUCAUCAGAAUGUUACGUGAGUUUUGACAAACCAGAUACUCCAAAGACACCUGGAAUCCUCAAUACACUGUGCAUGAGAACUCAUCCUUAAGAGACAACAAAAGCAGCUUAUUUGUUCUUUUCACCAAAAAGCAGACUUCUAUUCCUUUGGCCAGACUAAAGAACAGGGUUGCCAUCAACAAACAAAAGGAAUUUUUUCCAGAUGAAAAUGGAAGUUCAAAUAAAAGUGAAAGGUGGAUUUCAGCCCUGAUGAGAGUCAGUAGAUCAUCAGCUCGAAACAACACUUCCACAGGCCCCACUGUCUCUAAAUUGAAAAGAGCUCUUACUUAUUCUACAGGAGAUUGGGGGAGGAGGAGUCAGAGCUAGCUUGUGCUAGAAGCAGCAUGUUGUGAAGUCUCUCAUUCUUGAGCUUGCAUCCAUAGUUGAAAGAUGAAAAGGAACAAAAUGGCGCACGCAAAACAGGAUUCUCGGGAUUUUUCAUGUUUUUCUGGUUGACUGAUUAAGAUAUGAAGACACACCCAAAAGAAAAUUGCUAAGAUUGAUGCAAGAUGUGAAACUGUGAAGUGCAAGUACUACCUGAGAAUGAAUUUAACCUAUAUGACAGGUACAGAGCUGUCACUGUGAGACAUCUUAAAAGAGACGAAGUUAUUUUAAAUGCCUCUCAGCCACCCGAUCACAAGGGAGAGACUAGGAAAUAUCCCCUAAGUGAAACCGACUGGCUCCGGGCUGACAUGGAAUAGAAAUCCACUGCUCCACCUGCUGGGGAUUAGAUGCUGAGUACAGUGGGUCAACAUUUUCAAAAACUUAGCCUCUGGCUUUGCCGGACACCUGGCAAGCAGUGCGGCCGGCUAGCCAGCCUCUGGCGCAUGCGUUCCCGGACCAGCUGGGCGGGCUCCCUGCCCUACCGUAGGCUGUGACGUCAUCGGCUGCAGGCCAGGCCUCCAGGCGACCACAGCCGGACAGGUCCACGCCGGCCAGCCCAGCAGGGGGCGGAGCCUAAGGGGGUGGGGCGAGCAGGGCCAGUGGCCCAGCUGGGAACGGAAUUGUUUUCCGGCGGACUCCCCACUCUGUGAGAGCGAGGCUCGGUAGCGAGGACGCUGUGGAGCGCCCGCACUCUGCGGCCCAAGCCGCUUUGCGCUUGGCUGCGGCCGCGCGAGGUGCCUUUUACAGAGAGCCGGCCGGGCGCGACCGCUGAUUCUCCGGCGCUAGGGAAAAAAAAAUCCACCAGCCGCUCGGCCAUUGCUCGCGCUCCGAACAGCAGGAGAACGGGAGAGGGGCCCGAAGCUAAGCUUAGUUCUCCAGGGAAGGGGAGACCGCUCCGGGGCAGGGUGGGGAGAAAGAGGAGUGUAGCGAAACUCACAGCCAGGGGUGGAUUAUCCGGGCCGCGCCGUGUCUGGGGUCUGCGGAAUGCGCGAGGAGGACAAGGGCAUGCUCGGUGGUGACGGCGACGAUGUGGGCCUGGCCAACGCCGCUGCGAGGGGGCAAGUGGAGACCGUGCGGCACCUCCUGGAAGCCGGCGCAGAUCCCAAUGGAGUCAACUGCUACGGGAGGCGCCCGAUUCAGGUCAUGAUGAUGGGCAGCGCCCGCGUGGCCGAGCUGCUGCUGCUCCACGGCGCGGAGCCCAACUGCGCCGACCCCGUCACCCUCACCCGACCGGUGCACGACGCCGCCCGGGAGGGCUUCCUGGACACGCUGCUGGCGCUGCACAGGGCCGGGGCGCGGCUCGACGUGCGCGACGCCUGGGGCCGCCUGCCCGUGGACCUGGCUGAGGAGAGCGGCCACUGCGACAUUGUCCGGUACUUACAUGCGGCUGCAGGGGAUUGACGGCGGGCGUACCCGGCCACCCACGACGACUUUUCUUUCAUUUCCCCGUUCCCCUCCCCCACGUAGUUCAAUGAAGGCUGCAAACGUGGAGUAGCGGAAAGCCUGCAAGCCUUCCUGGGCUAGGAGAAGCAGACCAGGAAUAAGUUCAUAAAUGUUUUUGCUGGGUUCAGCCCUAGACACUCACCGUGAAGGCAGACGCAGAGGGGUGGGGUGCAUAAAUUUCCAGCAAGAGUUAGGAGUGACGUGUGAGUUCCUAGGUGUCAACUCUUCAGGGUUUUCUGAUGAGAAGUGGCUCGUGAAGAAGUCCGCAAACGACCGCGGUGCCUGCGAAUAUUCACACCGAUGGUGCCGGCAGCGGAAUGGGAGCUGUUGGUAACUUGCGAUUUGGUCGGGGGCGGUAGGUGAGUUCGCCCCACUAACAGUGGAAGAGCCACCUGUGACCCCCGCUGAGGCCAUGCUAGGGAAAACCUGAAGACUGAGACCCAGAAGAUAAGGGUCGAGAGGCACCCAAGGCACUGCGCGGGGCUGUACGCAAGUCAAAUGCAAAAGCAAACUCUGGAAGCCCUGGGGACAUGCGCCCAGUUCAACUGGAUGGUGCAGAGGAAACAGAGGAGAUAGCAGUGACGAUUGAGUUGCCCGGAAAUGUCCUGGAACACGUUGAUGCAGAAUAGCUGUCCGGAAGGUACUGGCUGUUGUUCACAUUUAGUCGAGGAGAGACUCCCGUGGCAGUCCAGUUGCUCCGGGAUACCAACAGCGCGCGGAAUGAAGUGGAGGCGUUCAGUGAGAACAAAAAUAGUGGUUAACUGCGGUGGCUUGCUCCUACAUUCGACAGGAUAUUGAAGCCCCCUGUAAAUUGCCACUUGAAAAGAUUUCGCGAUAUUUUGUACUUGUGAGUUAUUUUUCAGUAACGGCCAUUUUAAACAGGGAUACUUUAAAUAACAAAGUAACUUAUGGCCCUCGGUAAAAGAAGUGAGGAAGAACUACCGGUUUUAAAGGAAAGAAGCAGUGGCAGAGUGGUGAGUCCUAGUGCCAACACCUAGAUUACUUUUAUCUUAACCUAUUUGUUUCUUUGUUAAAGUUUCUAAACUUUUCCUUUGCUACAGUGUCUCAGGGGGCCAAACUAUUAAAUAUUUUGUCUUUUAAAAGAUCAAUGCACUUACUCAGUAAAUUAUCCCAGGAUAUUUCUUUAAAGGUUGCUGAAAAAGUAGGAUAAAACCAUUGAAAAUAUAUUAUGAUAACUCGCGGAAUUUCUUUUCUUAAUAUCUGCUGAACAAACAAAAGGUGUACCUCUAUGGGAUUUAAUUUCCAAUGUUGCUUGAUUCAUUAUAGCACUGGAACAACUGAUACUUCACUGCUUUAAUAAAGAAGCAAUAGAGCUCGAAGUCCAAGUUAAAAUGUAUGUCCAUCAAUUUACCACUAACUCCUGAGAAAUGUCGAAGAUGCGAAAGGAUUCACUUCUCUCACACUCUGAAAUUGCUUAUAAGUGACACAAACCACAAUUUAUAAAAACUGUUACAUAUACCAUAGAAAGUUAAACAUAACAUUAAUACACAGUACUUCUAAAUGUCUGGUCUACUAUACACAAAUUUAAAAGAAGGGAGAGGGAACAAAAAGAUAAUUUGAGAAUAAAGAUCUAUAAGAAGGUACCUUUGAGCUAAAUAUGCAAAUCUUUACUUCUCCAUCAGUUCCUUAUCCCCCAAAUUAAUAUAUUGGUGGGGAAACUUAGUUGAGAAUCUGAACAUAUCUUACUGGGAAAAAGAUAUCAACAUUUAUUAAAUAUAACUAGUGCCAGGCAUACUUUAAAAUGCAUUUGUUCAUUUAACACUUAGAAGAAAUCUGAGAGAUAAGUAGUUACCCAGAUGAAGACAAUGAAGCAGAGAAAUAUGGAACUUGACAAAUGUCACAAAACAGUCGAUCACACAAAGUCACCAUUCAAAUCUAAAGCUUUUCAUUUUUUUCUCCCAUUGUACCAUCCUGCCUUCAAAAUCAUUAAUAAUACAUAUCAAGUCAAUUUAAAAAAAAAAACAAAGUAGAAAUAAACAAGGAUGUUGCUUGUGAAUUCCUAGGAUGACUUUUUCUUUCUGUAUAUCUAGUACAAUACCAUAAAUCUAAGCAUACUAUUUUUAAAUCUAUUUUAAGUGUCUAAAAUAUGAAGAAUAGCCCCUAAAAGAAACACUAAAAAACACUUUUGGAACAAAGAUAAUGAGUAAAAAUAAAGAUAAUGGGAAUUUUUAAUUAAGCUACAAGGACAGAAAAUGCAAUUUUAGCUAUCAUUUAAGAACUCUAUAAAUUAUUGUCUACAAGAACAGCAUUUUUAAAGUUUAUAUUGUUUUACACUAAGACACAUUCUGCAUAAAAGAAGUCAUGAAUUUUACAUCACCUUCUUGGUUAUAAAAUUCCAUAUUAUUUUGUGCUCUACUUUGUAAGUUCCAAGAUGCUCAAAUUUGCUAAUUGUAUGAGGCUGAAUAAUGAACAAUGAUUCUCUCUUGAAAUAUAUGAAACAUAAAUGAUUUCAUCACUAAUUUAAAGAAAUUGUGGAGUCUUUCCUAACGGCAACCUGAAACUAAGGGUAACCAAAACAAAAAACUGGCUAUGGACCCCAUAGUACCAUAAACAUUCUUUUUGUUUAUGAGUGGAUUUUUUUAAUGUAAAAAUAUAAAACAAAACCGGAAUACCAUUGGAUAUAAGUUACCACCUGGUUGCACUGAAACAGUAAGUUAUUAUUGCCAUGUAAAAUUUAACUCAAGUUUUCAAAGCCACCUAGCAGAUAGGUCUGGUUGGUGUUUUUUCCAGCAGCACAAGGAGGCAUAUAUACUGUUAAGUUUGUUACAGAUUUCACAAAUUUAUAAGAUACACACAAAUAAAUAAGCACAAUUAACAUAAGCCCUGCUUCUGGAUGCACUGUGAAAUUACAGAGAAUUAAAUAUACAUGUUAAUUUUGUAUAUAAGUCUAAAAUAGUACCAUGAUUUGUAAACAUCCUACUACUUGACCUUUGUUCCAAGAAGAUAUAGAAGUGAAAUAAAUUCAGAAAUCCAACAUUCUAUUCACUUGGCCUCAUUCUUACUUUUCCUUUUUCAGCUGAGCAGGUAGAUGGAAAAACAAGGAUGAUUUACUAUGAAAGCAAAAUCAAUUUAACAUUUCUUGUGCUCUAAUGACUAAAAUUAGCAAUUUCAGAACUAAAAAAUGAAUCCUAUUUAAAAAGAGUGCUUGAGAUUCAUAAAACCAACAGCUUUAGCAAAGUGUGUAUGAUUUUUUAUGAUAUGAUAUUCUUUUAUGAUAUUUGAUUUAAGUAUAAGGCAAACACAGUAUGGUUGUCCAGGACCAAAUAAUUCAGCUAGUUAACUGACCUUCAGCAAAUAAAUAAAACUAAUUUCACUUACAUUUACACUGAAGUUCUAUAUUGCCCUUCCCUUAUGGAAAUAUUUAAAAACAAACAAACAAGCUAUAUGUGAGUUAAUAUGUAAUAAUCAUACCGAUUUCUUUUACCCUCUCUGUAAUUAAAUUAUUCAGUUACUUCAAAUUACAAACUUUUUAGAAAAGACACUCACUUUCCUUUUACACUUUACCAGAGGCUGGUUAUUUUCAUGAUAGAGUAUAAUAAUUCCAGUGUGCAAUACAUUGCCAGUCUGCCAGAAGAACAGAACUAGUGAUCUGCAAAAAUAGUAAAAGUCAUGAGAAGAAACAUUCAUGUGGACUGCCUUCUAAGGCAAAUGCAAAAGCCAGUGUUGCCCAAAGUACAGUAAGGUCUGCUUUCAUGUUUAUGUCAGCAGCUAAUCAUAACCAAAUUCUAAGAUGCUCACUAGGUUUUCAUUAUUAACACAAACUAACAAUUUAGUUAUUUGGUGUAAACCCUAGUAAUUCUUAGGUUACUGUGAUUUCACAGUGAUUUCACAACCACUAAGUGAAAAAUGUGUGUGUGUACAACAUAUAAACGUAUGCAUGUAUAUGUACACACAUAUGUAUAAGGUAUAUACACACAUAUAAGAAAAUUUUAAUUUUAAAAGUCACUUGAAAGAGCAACUACAGGUAAACCUCAAUGCUUUCAACAUCUCCUGCAUUAUUUAUAACCCCAGGGAAGAAAGGGGAUAUGGAGAAAAGAGAAACUAGAAUUCCAUUGGAAGAUACUUUGUUUCCCAUAUCAGUUCUUCAGUUAAUUCAAUAUAUUACCUGAUUAAGUCAUGUAACAUUGAUUAGCCUAAACUGUCCUCAUCUAUAAAGGGUGGAUUGGAUUAGAUUAUUUCUAAAUUCUCUUCCAUCACUAAAGUUUUAUACCUUUAUGAUUUCAUUGUAUACAUAACUUGGUAAGGGUCUUAUAUUUUAUUUGUAAUCAUCUUGCCAUAUAUAUUGUUAAAUUUGUUACAAGGAAAGACUUAGAGAGAAAUGGACAGGAGAGCAGAAGAGAGAGUACAGACAUUUUUAAUUCUGGAGCCUUGGUGGGGGGGAAAGUUCAUAAACACUGCCUCCAUCAAUUAAUUGAGACUAAAGACAAGUUUGUGGGAACUGUGACAGAAAAAAAUGUAUCUGCACAAAACAAAUAGUUUAAUUUUUAAGGUCUUUCUCAUUUCAUCUUACCUCUGACUCUUCCUGUUGCUGUGUUUUUCUCAUGACACUCAGAAACACUAGAAUAAUUAGGUUCUUAAAGUAAGCUGAGCAAGUAAAUUCAAUAAAUUUACAAAAUAAUGAUGAACUUGGUACUUACAAAUUAAAUGUUCUGAAGGAAAAAGAUGGUUUUAUAUGAGCAUAUAACAAGGGUUUCUGGCCCAACUGAGGUCUCUGUAGGUAUCAGAACCAAGAGAAAAGUGUGGAGAAAUUAGAAGGAAAAAAAGGUAAAAAGGCAAAAAAAAAAAAAAAAAAAAAAAAAA